UAUUUUACGCUUUAUUAACGUUUUCAGACACUUUUCUAACAGUCAGAUAUGAAACAGACCAACAGAGUGAGGUCAUGUGUGGCUGAGGGUCAUGUGACCUGGAGGCUAAAAUUAUCCAGCAGAUCUGAUUUCCUGUGAAGAGACGCAGCAUGGAGGACGGCUGCUGUGCUCCCACAAGGAUGACCAGGGGGAGGAAGAGGCUGCAGGUCAGAGGUCAGAGGUCAUCCUGCCUGUCCUCCUGUGCGCUGUGACAUCACAAGGCUGACAGGAAGCGGUCAUCAUGGCGGGCGUUGCUGUGUGCGGCUCGGUCAGCUCCAUCAAAGCUCUGUGGGAGACGAGGAUCAGGAAGAGCAAGGAGGAAGUGGAGCAGACGAGGAGGACGCCGAGAGGAAGACUGAGUGUUGGUGUUUGGGAGGACCGGGCGGUUCUGGCUCGACUGAAAGAGAAGCUGCAGACAGAAGACGGACGCCUCGUCCUUCGCAUCCAACAGGAGGAGUGGAAGACGCUGCCGGGCUGUCUGAUCCAGUUCAAUCAGGUCCAGGAGUGGCAGAUCCACCGAACCGGACUACAGAAGAUCCCUCACUUCAUCUCCAACUUCCAGAACCUCUUGGUUCUGGAUCUGUCCCGGAACGGGGUCACUGAGAUCCCCAAACAGAUUGGGAAGCUGACCCGGCUCAGAGAGCUGCUGCUCAGCUACAACAGAGUCCGGUUUGUUCCUGAAGAGCUGAGCUGCUGUGAGAGUCUGGAGAGGCUGGAGCUGGCCAUGAACAGGGACCUGAACCAGCUUCCACACCAGUUCAGGAACCUCAGUCGGCUGCAGCGCCUGGAUCUGUCCAUGAACGACUUCACCUGCAUGCCGGACUGCGUGGUCGACCUGCCGGCGCUCGAGUGGCUCGACAUGGGAGGAAACCGACUGCAGAACUUACCUGAAGACAUCCACAGGAUGGAGAAGCUUCACACUCUGUGGCUGCACAGGAACGAGCUGGAGAAACUCCCAGAAAACAUCAGCAGGAUGCCGAGUCUGGACACGCUCGUCCUCAGCAACAACAGACUGAGAGACAUCCCCUCGCUGAUGGAGGACAUGUCCAACCUUAGGUUUGUGAAUUUUCGGGACAACCCUCUGACUCUGGAUGUGACGCUGCCGGUCAGGAAGACGAAGGCUGAGAAGGAUGAAGAUGAUGAAGAAGAAGAAGAAGAUGAAGAAGAUGACAGAGAGAUGUUUGGAAGAGAGUUCAUGCAGAUGUACAUCCAGGAGGCCAGAAAGAGAGCGUACGCUGUGCUCAACGUGCACUGUGUUAACCAGCCAAGCGACGCACCGACAGAGUAAAAUAAUCUUCAUUUCUUCUUCUGGGCUUUUUCCUCUCAGAGCUCAACUGCAGGUUUUUAAACUCAGUGAAGAACUUUUUUAAAGCAGAAGUCACGACGUGUGUAUUGACUCUUGCUUGAAAACUUAAUAAACAGACUGUGAACAGAUCCUCAGAUCAUCUGCAGCAUCACACAUCCAGAACAUUUAGUCUGAUAGCUGACAUUAUAGCACAUCAUCAUCAUCAUCAUCAUCAUCAUCAUCAUCAUCAUCAUAUCUUACAGACUGAA